AGAAUUGCUGUCGGGGGGCAUAAAAUAGGAGGGGGAAAUUAGAAGAACGUGAGUGAUCCGCGCGCACCACGAAAGGUGGCUGUGGGUGUGGGGGAAAAAAGGCAGGAGAGAGAAAGAAAGGUAGAGAGAGAAAGUUGGUUUCCAGACGUUACCGGAUUUAACAACAUCCUAUUCGCCGGAAUUUGGGAACUCUGUUCGCGUCCGCCUCAGGGUUCCCUGGAAUUUAGGGUUUCGCUUGACAUCUCACUACUCAAACUCCCUGCUCCAUUCAGUGAAAUCUUUUGUUUUUGAUCAAGUUGGGGUUUGCGAUCUGCAAAACCGCUGUAGAAUGUUUACGCCGCAGAAGCUUUGGUCUCUGGCGCCGAGGAGCGCAACGGGACAAAAGAAUGGGUCUCUUCCUGGACCAGGUUCGGCCACUAACCAGAUAAGCCCGACGAAUGGUGAGGUAUUAGCAAAAGGCAAAGCUGUGACUUUUCUCGAGGGCGAUGGGGUUAUGGACCAGGAGUCGUUGACUGAGAGGGCUUCGAAGCUCGAGAACGAGCUCUUUGAGUAUCAGUACAAUAUGGGCCUUCUUUUGAUUGAGAAAAAGGAGUGGGCAGUGAAGUAUGAAGAACUAAGGCAAGCUUUAGCUGAGACGACUGAUACUCUAAAAAGAGAUCAAACAGCUCAUUCAAGUGCAUUGUCCGAGGUGGAGAAGCGGGAAGAGAAUUUAAAGAAAGCACUAGGUGUUGAAAGGCAGUGUGUGCUCGAUCUUGAGAAGGCUUUACGUGAGAUGCGCUCAGAAUAUGCUGCAAUUAAGUUCAAUGCUGAUUCCAAACUAGCUGAGGCUAAUGCAUUAGUCACCAGUGUCGAAGAGAAAUCAUUGGAGGUUGAAGCAAAAUUCCAUGCAGCUGAUGCCAAACUUGCUGAGGUGAGCAGGAAGAGCUCAGAAAUCGAGAGGAAAUUGCAUGAGUUGGAAGCUCAAGAAAAUGCGCUUCGGCGAGAACGGUCUUUCUUCACCACAGAGCGUGAAGCACAUGAUACUGCUCUAUCUAAACAAAGGGAAGACGUGCGAGAGUGGGAACGAAAAUUACAGGAAGCAGAGGAGAGGCUCGCUGAUAGUAGAAGAUUGCUGAACCAAAGAGAGGAAAGGGCGAAUGAGAAUGACAAGGUUUUGAAGGAAAAACAGAAUGACCUUGAAGAACUAAGAAAGAAGAUUGAGAUUUCUAAUUCAACUUUGAAGAACAAAGAAGAUGAUAUAAGCAGCAGAUUAGCAAGCAUAGCUCUUAAGGAGAAGGAAGCUGAUGAUGUUAAGAAGAGACUAGAGGAGAAAGAGAAACAAUUGCUGGAAUUGGAAGAAAAGUUGAACACUAGAGAAAAAUUGGAGAUUCAGAAACUGGUGGAUGAGCAUAAGAGCAUCCUGACUGAAAAGCAGAAGGAGUUCGAGUUGGAGAUGGAGCAGAAGAGAAAGGAGCAUGAUGACCAGUUGAAAAACAAACUGGUUGAAGUGGAGAAAAAGGAAGCUGAAAUUGCACAUGUGGAAGAGAAAUUGAAGAAACGAGAACAGGCAAUUGAAAAGAAAUCGGAGAAAGUGAGGGAGAAAGAGCUGGAUUUUGAUUCCAAAUUAAAAGAUUUCAGGGGAAGAGAGAAGUCUCUUAAAGUGGAAGAGAAAAACUUGGAGAAAGAGAGAAAACAAAUGCUUGCUGAAAAGGAAGACCUACUUAGAGUCAAAGAUGAGCUUGAGAAUCUGAAGGUCGACUCUGAGAAACUGCAGCUGAGAUUAAAUGAGGAGAGAGAACAGCUAAAAGUAACUGAAGAAGAACGAACUGAACUUGCUCGCCUGCAAUCUGAACUGAAACAGGAGAUAGAUAAAUACAGAUUCCAAAGCGAGGAACUUAUGAAGGAAGCAGAUGAUUUGAAGGAAGCAAAGGAGAAAUUUGAGAAAGAAUGGGAAGAGCUGGAUGAUAAAAGAUCUGAGAUAAAGAAAGAAGAAGAGGACGUUCUUGAACAGAAAAGAUCUUUGGAAAAACUAAGACAUUCUGAAGAGGAGAGGCUACGCAAUGAGAAGCUGGAAAUACAACAGUAUGUACAGCGGGAACUGGAAGCUCUUAAAUUGGCAAAAGAUUCUUUUGCUGCCAGCAUGGAUCAUGAAAAGUCAAUUUUGGCUGAAAAAUCCCAAAGUGAGAAAAGUCAACUGACUCAUGAUUUUGAAAUGCGGAAACAAGAACUUGAGACUGAAAUGCGGAGGAAGCAGGAAGAGAUAGAGACUCAUUUGCAUGAGAAGGAAAAGACGUUUGAGCAAGAGAAGGAAAUGGAACUUAACAAUAUUAAUUACUUGAGGGAAGUAGCCAGAAGAGAAAUGGAAGAGAUGAAGUUGGAAAGAUUUCGGAUAGAGAAAGAAAAACUGGAAAUUUUACAGAACAAGAAGCAUGUAGAGGCACAGCAGCAUGAGAUGAAAAAAGAUAUUGAGGAACUUGUUGGCUUGAGCCAGAAGUUGAAAGAUCAAAGGGAACAGUUCAUUAAGGAAAGAGAACGCUUCAUUGCAUUUGCUGAGAAACAGAAGAACUGCGACACUUGUGGAGAGACUAUUCGUGAGUUUGUGCUGUCUGAUCUUCAUCCCUUAACUGAACUGGAAAACCUUGAGGCCCCUCCACUGCCAAGGGUAGCAGAGAAUUAUCUGAAGGAGGUAGCUGAGGGCACUGUCGAGAGGUUUGGUGCUGAAUCAUCCCCUGGUCUGGUUAAUUCAGGAUCUCCUAGUGCUGGUGGAACCAUUUCUUGGCUCCGGAAGUGUACCUCCAAGAUUUUUAAGUUCUCACCAGGAAAGAAACUAGAACUUGAUUAUGCGCCGGAUCCUAUGGGUAUUUCAGCACUUUCUGAUAAGCAAGUUGUGCGUUCACCAAAAACAUUGCCAAGUGGUGAAAAAGAGCCAGAAGCGUCUUUGCAAGUAGUAAAUGAUUCUUUUGAUUUCCAAAUAGUUGAAUCUGAUAGUGCCAUUAGGGAGGUUGAGGCUGGUCAAGCACUAUCAGUUGAUCAAGAUCCACUGAGUGUCCCAGAAAAUUCUCAAAAUUCCAAACUGAAGGCACAACGCCGACCUGGCAAGGGAGGUAGGCCUGGGGCAAAUAGAGCACGAUCCGUGAAGGCUGCAGUUGAUGGUUCUAAAACUAAUGGUAAUGUGGAGAAUUCUGUUUACACAAAUGACGAUAGCCAAGCAGAAUCAGAUCUUGUUGGAACUCCAAAGAAUAUAAGAAAGCGAAAUCGUACAGCAAGUAACAGUCAAACUGAAGGUCAUUCGGACAGCAUCAAGGAUGGUGAUCGCCCGAGGAGGCGACAGAGAGUUGUUGCAGCUGAACCAAGCCUUGGUCAGAAACGGUACAAUCUCCGCCAACCCAAAAAAUCAGUGGGAACAGUGGCUAAUGGAUCCUUACCUCGAGUAGGGAGGGGCAAGGAAAAAGAACCCAACCAACUGGCUGGUGCUGAAGCUAACCAAUCAGAGAAUGUUGAAAUUGGUGGAGCUUCAAGGGAAGAAGUUAAUGAACCCGGAGCAGCAGCUGCACUUCCUAGAAGAUUUAGGGAUGGAGAUGGUGAUGAGCCUGUAAGAAGCAAUUGGGCUGCUAGUGAGUUUUCUGCAGACAGUCCUUUCAAAAUUGCAGGAGACGCCCAUGGUGGGCGUGUUGACACAACAAAUACUUCUGUGGAUGAUGUGGUGGGAAGUGAGGUGAAUGGAAUGGCAGAAGGAGCCAGGGACUAUAGUCACGAAGAGUUCAAAAGUGAGAGCCUUGGGGGAGAAGAUGACAAUAACGAUGGGGAUGAUGAUGAGGUUGAUCAUCCUGGUGAGGUUUCUAUCGGGAAGAAGCUCUGGACUUUCCUCACCACAUAAACUGACCAACUACAUCGUCUUAAUUGUAUUGACUUUUUAGCAUAUGCCAAUUUGAUUUGCAGUUUCAACUUGUGUGUAUUAGUUUGCAAAUAUCACCUAUGAAAAAGAAAUCAAUUCAGGCUGGAGCAGUUAAUAGCACCCCCUUCUUCUCCCACUCGUUAUUUGGGGUUUGUUAGUGUACAAUUUCUGCAUAGAUAAAUUGUAGCAUUCUUGGACAGUGCACCUACUGACACUGGACUCACAUUUUCCUUUUCUUUCUUCCUGUUUUGUGUAUUAGAGCUUUGUUUAUGCCAUGCUUGCUACUGUUCCCAGUGAA